AUGAACUGGAAAAAAGCAUUAAGUUUAGCAGGUGGUGCAGCAGCAGUUGUUGCUUUAACAUAUAUGUUAAUGAAGGACGAAGAUAAUCAUGAUGAUAAUGAUGAUGAAAAUGAUAAAAAAAAAAAAAAAGACAAUAAACUAUCCAAAGACUCAAAUAGAAUUAUAAAAGGAGAUUCGAUGACACGAGAAGAUUUACUUCAAUUAUUAAAUGAAAUGCUAAAGUUACAAUCAGAUAUGAAAAAUAUUGUUAAAGAUCUUAUAGUAGUUGCCAAAAAUAAUAAUUAUGAUUUUAUGGCUGUUUACAAUGUUGCAAAAACUUACAAUACAAUAGAUCCAUUAGGAAAAUAUCAAAUCGAAAUGCCAGAAUUUGAUAAAGUCGUUGAAAGUUAUCACUUCGAUCCAGAGGUUAAAGAGACUGUCUCAAAACUAAUGUCAUCUCAAGAAAAUUAUUAUUCCAACAUGAGUGAAACAGCAACAUUGAGUGUUGAUAAAAUUAUUGAAAUACAUCAUUUUAUGUUAAAUGAAUUAUAUAAAAUAGACCCUGAAUUUAAAAAAAUACCAAAUAAGAAUGAAUUAGACCCCAAAUUAAUAGCACUAGUUAUUCAAUCAAUCGUAAGUGCAAAAGUAGAAGAAGAAUUCAACUUAACGUCAGAAGAUGUGGAAGCAUCCAUAGCUAACCAACAAUAUGCAUUAACUUCGAAUAUGGAAUUUGCUCGUGUCAAUAUACAAAUGCAAACUAUUAUGAAUAAAUUUAUGGGGGAUCAUUUUAAAUUUAUGUGCGACAAAGAAGGAGCAUAUUAA